AGUAUCUUUCGUGGCUUGCAGGGCAACGUGAUUGUCUACCAGGACCUGCGUAGAAUAAGAUGGAUGGCUGGCUCUCUGUGCUUUUGGUUUGCCUUGGGGGAUGGUGAUUGCCCCAUCGAUUGAGGACUGGCUGCAAAAUGCCUGAAAAAACCAGACAACUUUCCUACCGGUAUCUUUCCGCAGUUGGCAACCACACAGUAAAAGGCACGCAUAUACCGGUACUCAAGCAGUGAAUGCAGUGAAAUCCUAGCUAGCAACGAUGAAGAGACAAGCAGAAGACAACCCAGAUCCUCGGCGUCACAAUAGGCAAGCAGUGGAGGUGCCAGACAAUAGCGGUCGAAGCAGCGGGGGACCAGGCGGUGGUCCUCCUCCUGCAGCUCCGCAGGUCCCAUUUCUCGAUUUCCUUUCUCAAGUGGCCAGUUCGCAGUUGCAACAACAGCAGCAACAACAUCAUCUUCUCGACAACAACCACAACAACAAGAACGACCAGCACGGUCAGGCCGCGCCGGGUGUGGGUGUGGCAGUAGCAGGAGUGGCGAGUGCCCCCAUUGAGGCUUCCUCUCAAGAAAGCGACGGGAAUGUGUCGUCGUCCUCUUCAAGUAAUGAAAGCCCAGUUGUUGCCGUCGCUCCUGCCGCAGUCGUCACCGCGGCUUCGGACGGAAUGCCGCUCAGUUUCCCGGCCCCCAAGAACUUUGCCGAGAGGCUCAUGAAUGUACUCGAGAGUGACAUUGAUACAGAGGCCAUUUGGUGGGACGGCGAAACCAAAUCUGUCGCCUUGCAGCCAAAAAAGCUCAAGAAGGGGACCAUCUUGCACACACACUUCUCCGGCAACAAAUACAGUGCUUUCUUACGCAACUUUAAUCGAUGGGGCUUUCGACGAGUGCCUUAUCAUAAUGUCCCGAAUGGAGCUGUGCUCUACAAGAACUGCUUGUUCCAGAAGGAGGAUCCCAAGUUGGUCAAGCACAUGCGCAUGGAUUCCGAUGUCCAGGACGUUUACGCAAGGCAGCAGUUGUUUGGCCAGAGGAAUAGCGAUGGUAGUACUCACCAUAUUCCGCCCAUGGCGCCUCUUGUGGGGCCUACCGGUAGCAUGGGAGUACCACCCCCCACGGCGACAUCCAGCAAUGGCCCCGUGCCCAUGCCACAGUGCAUGCCUAACGGCAACCAGAUGCAACAGUUCUUCUCUCAAUUCGCAGCAAGUAACGGAAACAAUGGAGCAUCGAAUCCUAUGGGUCAGUUCAUGGUUCCUCCCCAACCGGCAAACCUCGCUGCUGGAAGUAACGGCAACGGGAAUAUCAACCCUAUGCAACCAAUGGCAAACGCUGGGAACAAUGCCAACCUAGCACCUAUGAUGAUGAUGAAUAACCUCCAACAGCUGAUGUCUUCUUUUCAGAAGCAACAGCCAGCUCAAGGACAGCAGCAGCCAGUUCAAGGACAUCAGCAAUCAGCUCAAGGACAGCAGCAGCCAGCUCAAGUCCAGCAGCAACAACCAGCUCAAGCUCAGCAGAAUAAUAGCAAUGUGGCAGCUGCAGCCCCACAAGUACCCCCACCACCAGGCAACGUUGAUUUGAACUCCAUGAUACAGAACUUGCAGAACUUCCUGAACGGGUCCGUGCCCGCUCCUCCUGCGCCUUCACAGGCAACACCGACCAAUAGCACGGCUGGGAUGGCGGGUCCUGCGCUACAACCACAAGUUCCACCCGCGCAGAACAACCACCAGCAAAUGCCAGCCGCUCCAGCCCCUGCGACUAAUGGCACCGUGCUUCCGCCGCAACAGCCCGACGCCAAUGCUCUCCAAGAAGCACUAAACACCCUUUUGACGGGAAACAACGGUGGCAUCGACAGCGGCAUGGUUUCUGCUCUGGGCAGUUUGAUGUCGCAGAUGCAAGGAAACCAAGGACAACCUCAGCAGCAGUCACCCCAGCAGCAGCAACAGAGUACGCCUUCUCAACAGUACGGCAUGACAUCUCAACAUCCGACCCUGCCACCACAGCCGCUGGCGAUACAGCAACCUAUGGCGCCUCCGCAGGAGCAAGCACCGCCAUCUCAGCAGCAACCGCAAGACACUCCCGAGCAACGGCGGGAUAGUGUGCUGGGAACAAUCUUGGAAUUGUCUGCUGAGUACAUGCAGCAACCGCUGUCUCAGUCUCCUCAUGGAAUCGCCAUUCGGACGUGCUUUGAGCUCUUGAAGGUCCUUGGCAAGCAAGAGUUAGAGCUUGCUGGAAGUAGCGACACAAAUCCUUCUUGUACAAGGGGCGCUUCCUUGUAAAAGAAAUGGCUCUGGUCAGGAGCACGAGGCAGGAGUUGCCUGCUGUGACCGUGUGUACACAUGAUUUCUAGUGCCCGCUUCUGCUUGGGACCAGGUUCCGUUACCUGAAGGUUCCAAUGCCUAUUACAUCUGCAUGCAAUUCUACAUUACGACAUCGGCAUCAUAUUCAGUCGUUUGUGUGCGUCUUCUUACAACCGAUUCGCUGUGCAACAUGACAAGGACGACAAGAAGGCAAAGGGCUCGGAACGGAAGCAGCUCAGGACAGACUGCACACAUCCGAGUCUGCCCCCAUCUAACCACGCAAGGGUUGAGAUAAACGGAUCGGCGUCGCCGUGCAAAUCUAUGGAAAUGCCAACGCCCGGUUUUUCUUUCUUUGCUUGUGAGACUUCGUUGUUUUCAAACGAAAUGUCUUUACUACAUAAAUGUAACAGUUGUCGGAGGACUCUACGACUAGUAACUUGUAUGUAACAAAGAACUAGAAAUGAAAAGAGUGAGAGGAUCGCUAAUCGAUCCUCUGUGGCUACCGGUUGACUGACAGACUGUAAGUCGCGUGACACCCUC